CAUGGUGACAGACGUACAGCUUGCCAUUUUCGCCAACAUGCUGGGAGUGUCACUGUUCCUGCUGGUGGUGCUCUAUCACUACGUGGCUGUCAACAACCCCAAGAAGCUUGAGUGAAUAUGAAAUCAGAAAACAAACCAGAAGGUGAAUGUUGUGAUUGGGGACCACCGAUGGGGAUGAUGCAGCCUGUAAAAUUGUUGUUUUGUAUGAAAAUGUUAAUAAAUUUGUAAAUGUUA